ACCUGUAUACGAGUUGGUCUGUGUACGACUUGACUGUAAAUCAGUAAAUGUAUACCAGUCCACCUUGUGUGUGAUAAGGCAUCGAUAAGUAUGAUUACUUCACAUUGUGUUGAAUUAUUAACAAUCAAUUAUCAUAGUAGUAUAAUUAGAAUUAUGUUUUGCAUUGAAUGUGGGGUGGUUUUAGGCCCCACAAACAAGUUUUGUGGUUCAUGUGGCGCCCCAGUCUGUGUCAAAAGGAAAGUAACAACAGAACCUGACACAGCCAAACCAGGGCCAUCAAAAUCUUUUGAUGAGUCAGCAAAAGGAUGCUUCUCGCCAAAUGGAAGUCCAUCUUUGCAUAAGAAGAGAGAAGAGGUACAGUCCAAACUUGACUUUUUAAAGGCCAAGUUUUUGGAUAGUAAGAAAAAAAUGUCCAGCAAAAGAUUAGGUGGACACACUAAAUCUUCAGGGUUGGAGAUUUUGGAAGUCCGUUUUUUGGACAACCGUGGAAAGAGGCUGCAGAGGGUGAUAAAUGGCAGCUCGUCAUUAUUACUGGAAGUGGAAUCUUCCAGUGCCGUCCCGGAGUGGAUGGCUCUCUUAAGUGCAAAGUUCAAGACACAGAUUCCUAUGGAAGCGAUGGUAUUUAAAGAGCACAAAUUCAUUGCACUCAAAGAUACGACAAGCGUAGAAGAUUUAAAGAACCUAUCGAAGGGAAAGAGGAAACAUUUUGGUUUUUUUGUUCAAGUGCAUGCCUGAGAAGACCACUUCAGCCAAUGAAUCCCCAGAGAAGACCACUUCAGCAAAUGAAUCUCCAGAGAAGACCACCUCAGCCAAAGAAUCUCUGAAGCAGAAACGUCACGAUAUCAUACUGUCUGAUUCUUCAGAGGACGAGUUGGAAGAGCCUAAGCAGAGAAGUCUGGAU